AUGGACCUCGACGGUAUGGGCGACAACUUCUGGUUCAACGACAGUGCCUUCUCCACUGGUAAUGGUGCUGGGAACUCUGGAGUAAGUAGCGUGAACCAGUCUGACGACUUUUUAACGCUAUUCGAUCAUCCAGGACAAAGUGGAGGGGCACCGCCUCUGAACCAGGCACCAGCGCCUCCUCAACACCCACCACAACCACCACAACCGCCACAACAGCCGCAACAGUUCAUGAGCCCUCAAAUGUUUUCCCAGCCUCCACCCCAACAGAAUCGGGGUCAAGGGCCGGUGCCAAUGGGCGUGUCGCCGGCGGGGCAGCCGCAGCAAGGAAUGAGUCCUCAAAUGUUCGACCAAAUGAAGCUGGACCAAUUUCAACGGAUGCGCCAGCUGAUAAUUCAACAAAAGAUUAUGCAGCAACUGUCACUGCCUCAAGGACAGCACCUGCCUAAUCUCAACCAUGGCGCCCCUCAAGGUAUGACUCCACAACCACAAGCUCAAGCGCAGGCUCGGCUACGCAACAUGGAUAUGGGGGGUCAGAUGGAAAACAAUCAAAGCCAACUGAGAGCAACUCUGUUACUGGCCCUGGGGACACCUCAAAUGGGACAUCAACCCCCGCCAAUGGUCCCCAACCAACUGUUUAAUCAGCAACAGCAACAACAGAACCAAUUUAACAACCCAAUGGUGAACCAAGGUCAAUUCCAACCACAAAUGCAACGCGGGAAGCCUCAACCUCAAUCGUCAAUGCCACCUCAACAAGUGCGGCAACAAUUGUCUCAUGGCUCACAAAACCCCCCUCCAAACGCCCCACUGGGUCAAGCACCUUCUCAGAAUCCUAAAGCGGAUUUACAAAGACUGUGUGAUAUUUUCCUUAGGGUGCUUCAAGAAUUUCAUCAACUGAGAGGUACUAAUAUUCCUCCAUUGGUCAUCAACAACAAGACCAUCAACUUGUUUUGGCUCCACUUUUUGUGCAAUAAAUUUGGUGGAAGUCGCGAGCUUAUGGCUUAUAUCAACAACCCACAAGCUCUGCAGCAACAAAUGCUGCCAUGGCUCCUGAUGGCGAAACACUUGGGUAUUCUUGAAGGCCUUAAUUUACUGGAUGCCCAUGUAAGAGGACAAAUUGAACGUGAGUUAGCUAACAUUUUUGUGAAAUAUUUGUUGCCGUAUGAACAGGCUCUCAAAACUCCUGAAGGUCACAGGGAAAUCAAGCAGAGAAUGAUGCAGGUGACUCAACAAUUUCAACAAAGAGACCGCGAGCGUCAACAGCAACAACAGCAACCUCAGCAACAACAACAGCCACAACAACAGCAGCAGCCACAACAACAGCAGCAGCCUCAACAUCAUCAACAGCAGCAGCACUCACAACAGCAGCAGCACUCACAACAGCCUCACCUCCAGAACCAGAGCUCAACUGCCAGUCUUCCUCAGAACCCACAAAAGUUUAAUUCCCCAUACAAUCAACACCAACCACCGCCAUCUAUGGGGCAAAGUCCGAGCAUGCAUCAACUGCCUCAAAUUCUGCUGGAACCUACCCCCCAAAACCGCAAACCACUGAGAGUUCUGAAUCCUUCCCAAGUGGGUUCACCAGCUAUGUCUCCUUUUGUUCAGAAUCAGCUUCUGAGAGCGAACCUGGUGGUUCAACCACCUCCACUGGCUCCUCAGCCGUUACAGGGUUUCCGUCCUGGACUGAGUCAAGCAGUGGGACCAUCGGUCGCGUCGUCGGUACCUGGAUCAGCGCCAGCACCAGCACCUCAUUCAGCACCUGUCGUGGUAAAGCGGUCAAGAGAGGUAGAUUUUGACACUGGUAGCGAUGAAGUCACGUUGCUCAAAAACUACCGCCCUCUCAAGCGUAAAGUUGAAACUUAUGGUGGUGUUCCGGCCCGUGAGCUUUCUCAAAUCGGUCUGGACCUCGAGUUAGCAAAGCCGGUGUACUUAUUUGCUCCUGAGUUGGGGACUAUCAACAUACACGCCUUAACUAUGAGUCUCAAAUGUUAUGAGGGCAUCAAGCUGCUGGAAACGUUCAGUGCUCUCAACACACUUUUGGUCAUAACUUCUGAUGGCAAUUAUUCUUUUGUUGCUGAUGAUGCGCCUGAAUUGAUUGAUACGUUAGCGCAAACUGGGUUGAAGAUCUUGAAGACUUUGAUUGAGGGUCAGAAAGUGUGGAACAAUUCAUCUGAAGAUGUGGACGACGAGUUGGCCACUAAUGAUCCUGUUGACAACAUAUUCCGAAAAUACGUUCCGACGGGACCACCGAAGGAGGAUAUAGGCAUUGUUGUUGAUUCCCUCACAGGGGAAGUUGUUGAAGAUAGUGACGACGAACUUGACAUGUUCGAAUCUGUUACUGCAAAUACUACUCCGAACACUGUUGGAACUGAGACACCUAACCCACCAGUGACCAAAUUUGGCAUCCCCGAUUAUCUCACAACCUUACACGAGUUCCAUGCCGAAAACAAGCAUCACUUCUCGAAAGUCCAGACUCGGUCCCCGAUGGACAACCAAAUCAUGCUUGUCGAUCAUUUGGUCACCAUCUCGAUGAUUUUCCGUAAUUUGACUCAUGUUGAUUGUAACAAGCCGACAAUUGGGGCCAGCAGUCUAUUCAAGGAUUUCUAUUUCGAAUUCAUUGCUCAAUUAGGCAUUCAAGAUCUUUCGAAGUUUGUCUUCCAUCGAAAGAGACUUUGUUUACUCAAGGACUGUGUUGUGAUUCUCAGUAAUGUUGCACACGUCUUAGAUUUGAGGCUGAUGAGGGAGGCGUUCCUUGUGUACGCUCUUGUGGCUCUGUUUGGUCCCGACUUAACCCAAGACAAAUGGAAAAUUAACCCGGCGCUGUUAGGUACAUAUCUCUACCUUCCCUAUGGUGUGGAUGGGUUCGCUAAGUUGUUAGUUAGGGAACCUCACAAUAGACUGUUAUUUGAAGCAGUGCUUACAGGGCUGUUGUCUUUGAGUUCCCUGGCCAACUACAUGAAUACCAAGCCGUUUGUGGUGGAAAAGGCUGACGUUGAAAGUACUAGAGAGCUUGCAGUUGCGUACUUUGAUGGAGACAAAAAGUGUUUCGAACAGGGCGAAUUGUUGACGAGGGCUUUCCGGUUAGUAAUGCUGUUAGUGCCCAUUGACAACCACAAUAUUGAAUUUUCAAAAUUGGUGUUCGCGAGAGCACUGACUUUGGCACAAGCAUUAUUUGCCGCCAAGUUGUUGAUCGAUUUGGUGAAGCCAACCGAGCCACAAGAACAAGGCACCCUGGCGUUGACGUCGGUGGUGCUGCCACUCCUUCCGAUUAAAUGGUUGCUAUACAACCAACAAGUUUUGUUGGGAAACUUUGCUCGUCUUCUGUUGGCCCUUCUUACGGAUCUGCUCAAGUAUGCUCGUGAAUCCAACGACAAUCGUUUGGUCACACUCAUCUUACAUAAGCUGUUGACGGUGGUAAACCUGUUAGUGGCUAACCUUGUUGCAAACCGUGACGAGUUAGAGCAAAGUGAGUACUGGGCUGAGCUUGAACCUUUGGUGAAGGGCGUACAAAAAUUGGCUCGUAACCGCCCUGAUACACAUAUGUCGCUCGACACAUUUAUGACUCCCCAAAUUGAUCUGCUGGUAAGAAAGGAGACGUUGCGGCUUUAUAAUUUAAUGACAGCUCUAUGCUGA